UGUCCCUGUCUUUAAUUUUCAGCACUCCCCAAAAAUCAAUGUUUGGGGUGGGCUAAGGUAUGUGAUUUGUUGUAAGGAGAGAGAUCUCAUUAGUGGAGGUAGUUAAACAUAUUUAAUCUGUAUAGUCUGACUAGUUCGCCCCCACUGGCUCUUCAUUCUAGGAUUCUCCUCUCUCCCAAUCCUCUCCAGCAGCCCGACUGGCUCUCCAAUAGGAGCAGGCUUUGCUAAUAGAUGCAAACGUUCCUGAAAAGACACAGCAAAAUAUGAAAGAACUCAUUUGCUGGGAAGUAAAUCACAGAAAACUGUUUAUGAACUGGCAACCCUUCUUGGAAAUGUAAAGCGAGAAAGUCUUUAAGUGGGUACAUCAUUUUUUUUAUUUUAUUUUAUUUUUUUUUUUUUUUUUUAUAACAACAACCAAAAAAAAAAAGAAGGGGGGAUGUAAUAUCAUCCAAACAUAGACUUUUGAUUGUCCCCCCUUUCUUUUAUACUUCUGGAAAUCACAGCCACUUCAGCCAGCUCCUUAAGCUUCUCUCCUGUUUGUAAAAAAACAAAUUAACAUGAGCUCCUAUUUCGUCAAUUCACUCUUCUCCAAAUACAAAACAGGCGACUCUUUGCGCCCCAAUUACUAUGAUUGCGGCUUUGCGCAGGACUUGGGAGGCAGACCUACAGUGGUGUAUGGAGCCAGUGCUGGGGGCACCUUCCAACACCCGGGCCAGAUUCAGGAUUUUUACCAUGGAACGCCCUCCCUUUCUUCUCCCACUUACCAGCAGAACCCCUGCGCUGUGACUUGUCAUGGGGACCCCGGCAGCUUCUAUGGCUACGACCCCUUGCAAAGGCAGAGCCUGUUCAGCAGCCAAGACACGGAGCUAGUGCAAUACAGUGAAUGCAAGCUGGCCUCGGCUGGGCUGGGGGAAGAGGCUGAGAGCUCAGAGCAGAGUCCCUCUCCGACCCAGCUGUUCCCAUGGAUGAGACCACAAGCAGCCGCCGGACGCAGGAGGGGCCGGCAGACCUACAGUCGCUACCAGACGCUGGAGCUGGAGAAGGAGUUCCUCUUCAACCCGUACCUGACUCGGAAGCGACGAAUCGAGGUGUCGCACGCCCUGGGACUCACUGAGAGACAGGUCAAAAUCUGGUUCCAGAACAGGAGGAUGAAAUGGAAAAAGGAGAAUAACAAAGACAAGUUCCCCAGCAGCAAAUGUGAGCAGGAAGAACUGGAGAAACAGAAAAUGGAGAGGGGGCAAGAUACAGAAGAAGCCUUGGACGGACAGAAAGGGGAAAAGAGCAAUUAAAUCGCACCGGGAGUAGCAGCGACGCUUUGCGAUUUUAGCGAACGGUCAAAAAUAAAAACCUGCCGGGAGGAGACACCGAUAUCUGCUGUAUAAGUUUCUGCUGUAACCCCCCUCUCUGCCCCCAGCCUGCCUGGUACAACAAUAGCCAGUGCCCCCCUAUAAGACAAGGCAAACCUGCUACCUGCUCCUCUGUCCGGGAACUAAAUCCAGUGACCUUAGUGUUUGUGUUUAACGCAAUAGCUUUUUGUGGAUCAUAAUCUUCUUUUUUUUUGGGGGGGGGGGGGUGUUGUUUGGUCGGGAACCGUUCGCUCUAGAAGUUUUCGUGUGCACUAUGUGUGAUUCCUGUAUCCCUUUAUGAAAAGCCGCAAAACAAAAGACAAACCAACAACAUGAAACUGCCUAAUUGAGAUGUAGACCUUCCCUGGACACACAGCUAGGACGCCCCCUCUCCUCUUCAUGGUACCAGCCAUGGCCAGGGGAUCCCCUCUUUAGUUAGCAUGCUUGCAACGACCCCACUUGUGAUUAUUAGGGUUACUGUAGACAGAUUGUAUCCUGUGUACGUGGAAUUCCUUUUUAAUGGGAGGGGGGGGGGUGAUUUUAUUGUUCGACCCACUUUGUUCUGUUGUCUUUAAACAUGGAAGCGACGGAAGAAGCAGUUGUAAUAAAGUUUACAAGAGGGAAUCUGUGGCACCAUGCGA